AGCACAAACAAAACUUGCUGUUUCAAUUCUGAGCGAGAGGGCCUUCAGUACACAAGACAUGGAUAGGCUGCACAUUCAGACCCUAUAACUCGAGUGAAGGGUUUGCCCAGCAGCUCACUUGUCUCGGACUUCGUUUUUAGCAUACGAGCGCGGCGCAUAACAUCGCAUGCAUAUAUAUGUAUACGUAUAUAUAUAUACGUAUCCGAUCGAUCCGAUAUCCCCAUUAUUUGCUUUCCAUAAGUAUACGCACGUGGAGCUCGUUAGGCCUCAGUGAAGCGCAACGCCGAGAGGACCGAAAUUCAUCUUUUUCUAUCCUAACCAAUCCAAGAAACUCUCUAAUAUGGCUGAUGAAGUAAAUCCCAAAGCCUACCCCUUGGCUGAUGCUGAACUUACAAAGACUCUUCUUGAUCUGGUGCAGCAAGCUUUCAACUACAAACAGCUACGGAAGGGAGCAAAUGAAGCCACCAAGACCCUUAACCGUGGUAUCUCAGAGUUCAUCAUCCUGGCUGCUGAUGCAGAGCCUCUGGAGAUCUUACUCCACCUUCCUCUCUUGUGUGAAGAUAAGAACGUUCCUUAUGUCUUUGUCAGGUCCAAGGAAGCUCUUGGUCGUGCCUGUGGUGUCUCCCGUCCCGUCAUAUCCUGUUCAGUGACCACCAAUGAGGGCUCCCAACUGAAGCCACAGAUCACCCGUAUGCAGCAAGCAAUCGAAAAACUCCUUAUCUAAGAUGCGACUAUCUCAUACAAUCACAUGGUUGCAGAUAGGAUGAAUUCUUAUUGGUGUUCUUUUUUUUCUUUCUUAACUGUGCUGUAUUCUUUAUCAUUGCACUUAACCAAAAUAUUUAAUUGGCAAAGAUUUUUAAGAAACAUUAUUUAGAUUCAAUCUUCAAAUUAGUUUUUGCUUUUCCAGAAUUACAUCUGUGGCUUUACCCCAUUUCCAUAGGAGGCAAUUUAAUGUUAUUGUCUCUUAAAAUGGUCAUUAUUUUUGUGUAAAAAAAAGAAUAUCACAUGUGGCAGCACACAAAAUUAUAUAAAACAGACCUAAAGUACAAUAUACAUUUGUUAAAGCAUUCCAAUGAUUUUAUGGAGACACUUACUGGUGAAAUAUACAGUUUUUAUCUUUUCUUGACUAAUGUUUGCUAUAUACCGGUAAAGAUCAUAUCAAACUGAAACAACAGUUUGAAUAUAUAUAUUUUUUUCAGAAUAUUCAGUUUAAUUUCUGUCAGUAAACAAUUAGUUUUCACCAAGCAAUUAUUUAUUCUUUAUGAAUUGUUUAUCACAAAUCAUUUAUGGAAUAAAUGUUGAUCCUACAAUGGUGUGUACAUAUUAACUUGUAAGUAUUUUCAGGUUUUAGAAAAAUCAUGAUUUUUAAUAAAAUGAAUAUUUGAAGAAAAAAGAA